AUGAGUUCAUGUAACAAAUGAAGUGAAAAUGAAGUUUAGUGUUAACGUUUUAACAUUUUAACAACAGGAUUCUACUGCUUGGAUUAUCACAAUAUUAUAAAAUAUAGGCCAUAAUGCAAAGGUGGAUGUCUGAAAAAGCUGUUUAAGAAUAAACUUUUGAACAUUUAAAACUGCAUGAGAGAGUCAAUGAUGAGAGUCAGUGCUGAAGAUCAGAUUUAGUUUCAUCAUUGGUCAUGGAGGACACACAAACAACUAUAGAGAAGGAUUAUUCUCCAAGAUUCAGUUUAGUCCAUCAAAAGAGAUCAGAGCCCAGCUGUGUGUCUAUAAGGAGGGACCAGUCUGUGGCUCAUCCAAUAGAUUUUAAGAGUGAAGAUACACAGACUCAUCUCAGUUCAGUUCACCAGGAGAGAUUAGAUCCAGAGCCCAGCUGUGUGUCUAUAAGGAGUGACCGCUCUGUGGCUCAUCCAAUAGAUUUUAAGAGUAAAAAUACUCAUCUCAGUUCAGUUCACCAGGAGAGAUCAGAGCCAGAGCCCAGCUGUGUGUCUAUAAGGAGUGACCGCUCUGUGGCUCAUCCAAUAGAUUUUAAGAGUGAAGAUACACAGACUCAUCUCAGUACAUUUCAUCAGAAGAGGAAAGAAGCAGAUCCCAGCUGUGUGUCUAUGAGGAGUGAUACGUUUAUGAAUCAGCCAAUAAAUAUAAAGAUUGGAGAAACACAGAAUGAUCUCAAACAAAACCUGCUGAACACAUUUAGAUCAAAUCUGCUGAAGAAGUUUGAGUGUCUGUAUGAGGGAACAGCGGUGCAGGGAAACCCAACACUCCUGAAUGAGAUCUACACAGAGCUCUACAUCACAGAGAGUGAGAGUGGAGAGAUCAGUCAUGAGCAUGAGGUGAGACAGAUUGAGACACAAUCCAGGAGAUCAACAACAGAGGACACAGCGAUCAAAUGCAGAGACAUCUUUACACCUUUACCUGGACAGAACAAAGCCAUCAGAACUGUGCUGACGAAGGGAGUCGCUGGCAUUGGAAAAACAGUCUCUGUACAGAAGUUCAUCCUGGACUGGGCUGAAGAGAAGGAGAAUCAGGACGUCCAGCUCAUAUUUCCACUUCCUUUCAGAGAGAUCAAUCUGAUGAAGGACAAAACACUCAGUCUGUCAGAUCUUCUUCAGCUCUUUUUCCCUCAAACUAAAGAAAUGGAAAUAUCCAGUGAGAAAUAUAAAGUGCUGUUCAUCUUUGAUGGUCUGGACGAGUGUCGUCUGUCUCUGGAUUUUCAGAGCGCUGUGAGGUUGUGUGACGUCAGUGAAUCCGCCUCAGUGGACGUGCUGCUGACCAACCUGAUUGUGGGGAAUCUGCUUCCCUCUGCUCUCAUCUGGAUCACCUCCAGACCAGCAGCAGCAGAUCUCGUCCCCUCUGAGUGUGUCCAUCGAGUGACAGAGGUACGAGGCUUCAAUGACCCACAGAAGGAGGAAUACUUCAGCAAGAGAAUCAGUGAUCAGAGUCUGGCCAAUACAAUCAUCUCACACCUGAAGUCCUCCAGGAGCCUCUACAUCAUGUGCCACAUCCCAGUGUUCUGCUGGAUCUCAGCCACUGUUCUGGAGAAGAUGUUGAGUGAAGCAGAGACUGCAGAGAUUCCCAAGACUCUCACUCAGAUGUACACACACUUCCUGAUCCUGCAGACCAACAUCAAACAUCAGAAGGACUAUGAGGAGAAGCUGACAGAUGAAGACAUGAUCCUCAAACUGGGGAAAGUGGCUUUUCAGCAGCUCAUGAAAGGCAAUAUAAUCUUCUAUGAGGAAGACCUGAGAGAGUGUGGCAUUGAUGUGGCAGAAGCUUCAGUUUACUCAGGAUUGUGCACUCAGAUCUUCAGAGAGGAGUUUGGCUUGUAUCAGGGGAAAGUCUUCAGCUUUGUUCAUCUGAGCAUUCAGGAACAUCUAGCAGCUCUAUAUGUGCACCUCUCCUGUUUAAACAACAACAGAAAUGAGUUUGAGCAAAUCAGCAAACAGAGUUUGUGGUCUAAAGUUAGGGACCAUUUUCACUUUAAUUCAUCAAAACUUGUUUCAAUAUCCAAACUGCAUCAGCGAGCUGUAAAUGAGGCUCUACAGAGUAAAAAUGGACAUCUGGAUCUUUUCCUGCGGUUUCUUCUGGGUCUGUCAGUGGAGUCUCAUCAGAUUCUUCUACAAGGACUAAUGAAACUGAAAAUCAGAUCAAUCCAGAAUAAUGAGACAGUUGAGUACAUCAAGAAGAAGAUCAGGAAAAUUAAUUUUCCAGAGAAAUUCAUCAAUCUCUUUCACUGUCUGAAUGAACUGGGUGAUCAUUCACUAGUGGAGGAAAUACAGCAGUUCCUGAAAUCUGGAGGAAUGAAUGAAGCCAAACUCUCCUCAUCUCAGUGGUCAGCUGUAGUUUUUGUGUUGUUGACAUCAGAGAAGAAGCUGGAGAAGUUUGAUAUUAAUGAAUUUGCUGCUCGAAACAAUAAUACUGAACAACUGUUCAUUUUUAAGAAGCUGCAGCCUGUGAUUAGACAAUGCAGAUCAGUUCAGUUGAGUUAUUGUGGUCUCACAGAUGAAGGUUGUGCUGCUUUGGCUUCAGCUCUGAGAUCAAACCCCGAACACCUGAGGGAUCUGUAUCUGUCUGGGAAUAAACUAGGAGAUUCAGUGAGUCUUCUCUCUGGUGUACUGGAGGAUCCACACUGUAAACUGGAAACACUGUGGUUGAGUGAUUGUGGUCUUACAAGUAAAGAUUCUGCUGCUUUGGCUUCAGCUCUGAGAUCAAACCCUGAACACCUGAGAGUGCUGGAUCUGUCCUGGAAUAGACUAGGAGAUUCAGUGACUCUUCUCUCUGCUGUACUGGAGGAUCCUCACUGUAAACUGGAAACACUGUUGUUGAGAGAUUGUGGUCUCACAGAUGAAGGUUGUGCUGCUUUGGCUUCAGCUCUGAGAUCAAACCCUGAACACCUGAAACAUCUGGAUCUGUCUUGGAGUAAUCUGGGAGAUUCAGUGACUCUUCUCUCUGCUGUACUGGAGGAUCCUCGCUGUAAACUGGAGAAACUGGGGUUGAGUAAUUGUGGUCUUGCGGAAGAAGGUUGUGCUGCUUUGGCUUCAGCUCUGAGAUCAAACCCUGAACACCUGAGAGGUCUGAAUCUGUCUGUGAAUAAUCUAGGAGAUUCAGUGACUCUUCUCUCUGCUGUACUGGAGGAUCCUCGCUGUAAACUGGAGAAAAUUAAGUUGAGUUAUUGUGGUCUCACAGAUGAAGGUUGUGCUGCUUUGGCCUCAGCUCUGAGAUCAAACCCUGAACACCUGAGAGAUCUGGAUCUGUCUACGAAUAAUCUAGGAGAUUCAGUGACUCUUCUCUCUGCUAUACUGGAGGAUCCUCACUGUAAACUGGAGAAACUGGAGUUAAAGAAUUGUGGUCUUACAGAUGAAGGUUGUGCUGUUUUGGCUUCAGCUCUGAGAUCAAACCCUGAACACCUGAGAGAUCUGAAUCUGUCCUGGAAUAAUCUAUCAAACUCCACAAAGAAGCUGCUCUCUGAUUUGAAGGAUGACCCACAUAAUAAACUGGAAACAUUACACACUUCACUCAGUGUUUAGUUUGCUCUGGAUCUGCUGAUGGUGAAUAAGGAGAAACGUCACAGACACACAAUCAACACACACUGAAGACACACAGACUCACACUGACUUCACAACACUGGCUUGUUGUUAUAUGCAAUGACCAGUAAAAUGAAAAUGACGUCAUUAUAUUGUUUCAGAUUGUCCAGAUAUUGAUUAUAGUGAAAAAGAGGAUUUGAAAAUGACAAAACUAAAGCACUCCUAUUGUAAUCAGUAAGUCAUGUUGACAUUGUGUAAAUAUGAAAUGUGUUGUGCAGCACAGACAGCUUUGUUCAUUAUUUUGGAAAAAUAAUAUUAUUGAGAAAUCUUGGUUUUACAAGGUUUAAAAUCAAGAUCAAGAUUGUGACUACAGAAGAGAUGUUGUGAUUAAAAUGUGUCAGCAGAGGUCGACAAAGAGAAUCAUUUUCUUGAGCAUUUAAUUCUCUACAAUAUUUCAAAUUAAUGAUCUGUAAUUAUUUAAAUGCAAAUUGUUUAACAUGCUUAUCCAACAUUAAGUGUCUGUUUAACAAUUUCCUGCUUUAAAUAGUUUUUCUGAACAAGUAUUUCUUCUGUGCAUUUCUCUUGAUGCCAAACAUUUCUGAAGCCCACAACAAAAGCAAAGUAUGUCAAGCCGUUUAACAUUAAAUCCAUAACCAAUACUAGAA